ACACACACACACACACACCACCUCUUCACCACAUCCGUGUUGUCUGACCGGAGGAUGAGUCGGUAGGAAGCUAACAGCUAGCUAACGUUACCGAGCGGCGGCACCGGGCGGGCUUCUCAUGUCUGUUCAUGUUCUGUCUUCGUGCAGCGGAGACGUUACUGUCACGAACCGGUCCGGACGUUACAUGGCCGUCGGUCGGUGUUCCGUCGAGCUGCCCGGUUAGCUCGGCGGGAGGAUGCAGCCGCUAGCCGCCGUUAGCUCCGCAGCCGUUUAUUUAUCUCGGUGUUAUGUAAGCGCGGAGCCCGUGUAGCCGCGCAGCUAACGUUAGCCUGUCAGCAUGAACGACGCGCAGCAAGAAAUGUCUCCAGACUUCGUCCUGAUGCGGCUCGUGUCCGCGGCCGAGUACGACCGACUGGACGAGCCCGACGACCUGAUGUCCGGAGGCGGCGGGUUCGGGCCCGUUAAAGCCGUGCUGGGACACCACGGCGGCGGCGGGUUUGAUCUGGACACCAGCGGCCCCUCGGCAGGCCUCGGCUCGGCCUCCCCGCACUACAGCUCGCCGCUCCCCGGAAAAGGCGAGCUGGACGGCGGGCUGGUGUUGACGCAGGCUCCACCGGGCUCCGAGGCGCCGCUGUCCCCUCCGCCGCCCGAGGACUUUGCCGUAGCGGCUCAGCGCUUCGUGGACUUCCCGGUGCCGCACGGGCACGGCUCGGGGGGGCACGGGUCGAGGGCGCAGCUGAUGGUGUUUCAGAAUCUGCUGCGGUCCGGAGACCGGAUCCUGGAGUGCGGGCUGGAGCAGCCGCCCCCGGGGUUCCUCCAGGAGGGAGCAGAGAGACAGAGACAGCAGCUGGAUCCCGGAUCAGGUACGGGUCCCGGCAGCACAACAACUGGUCCCGGGCCUGGAGGCGGGAAGGACCAGAACUCACACUGCAUCCCAUCUGCAGAGGAAAACCUGCAACCACAGCAGCCGCAGCUGCUUCAGUGGCACCCGGUCCUCAGACUGUCCAAAGGGACCGAUGGGUCCCAUACUCCUCAGCAGGGUGUCCCGGCUCUGGACUCAGAGUCCGGGUCAGUCCUGUGCCACCGACACCGCCUGCUGACAGACCGACUAGCUAAGUGGCCCCCGGGUCUGCUGGACCAAGCCUUGCGUCUCGGCCUGCUGGAGCCCAGGAAGAACUGCUCCGCUGGGGGAGAGGACCCGGUCUUGGCCCUGGCCCGGAGGCUAGGUCAGCUGGGUGAGGGUAGGGAGGGCGGUGGAGGAGGAGGUGGGCGAGAGGAGAUGGUGCUCCCCCUCCCUCGGUGCUCUUGUCACAGCGUCCUGGCCUCGGGGUCGGGGGGCAUAGGGCCCGGCGAGGACCCGAGUGAGACCAGUGACGCUCUGCUGGUCCUAGAAGGUCUGGGGUCUGAGGAGGUGGGGGGGUUGGGUGAGGGUGGGGACAGGGAUGGAGGGGACAUGGGGGACGCUGAGAAGGGAGAGAGGAUGGGGGGUGUUGGCGGUGGGGGGACGUCUGGGGGGGCUAGGCAGGUGUUCUCCAGCGGGACUCUGAGCGGUCUGAUGAGGCAGGUCCACAGACUGGCGGAGGAGGCGGGGGUCUGCACGGACCAGAACUGCCGGUCCUCGUUGGCUGUCCUGGGCGCUGCAGUGUCCCUACCUCCAUGUGUGGACUCCCGCCCCCCCAUCAGCAGCACCACUACCCCCUGUCCGUACCUCCCUGUUCGCCCGCAGGCCCCCCAGGCUGCAGCAGCCCUCAGUGGUCUCCAAGUCUCCCCUGACCCCCUCCCCGACCCGAGCCACCGGCCGCAGCACCAGCACCAGUCCCGCUCCCAGCCCCAGAGCCGCGCCACCACCCCCAAACUCGGUGUGGCCUCGGGGGGAGCGGGGCGGUCUGCCUCCCCCCUAGUGGUCCUGGAGGGGGAGGUGGGAGGAGGAGGAGGGAGGGAGGGAGAGAAGACGCCGCGGGGAAAGUCAAGGAAAGGGGGGUCACUGAAGGUCCGGCUCAGCAAGCUGUUCAGAACCAAGAGCUCCAGUGGGGGGUCGGGGGGACUGCUGGACAAGAGGCCGUCCCUGGCCUCGUCCACCUCGUCCGGGGGGAGUCUGCUGGACGUGUGGGGGUCCACCUGCAGCACGGAGCAGGACAGCAGCAGGCUGCAGGUGUCCAGACCUCACAGUGCCUUCUCGCCGGUGCCGUUCACUCCUGCUUUCACUGGUGAGACAGUGUCUCUGGUUGAUGUGGAUAUUUCUCGGAGAGGGGGGAACUCUCUUCAUCCCCCGACUCCUCCUCCCCCGCCCAGACGGAGCCUCAGUCUGCUCGAUGAUUUCGGCGGCCCUCCCCAGCAGCAGGGGCCCUUUACAGAACGCAGUGUGGGGGCAUCGAUGCAAUCUCUGCCCCCCCGACCGCUGGUCCUGCCCCCCUCCCUCAGCACCAUCCAACACAGCCUGAGCCUCAACGACACCUUCCUGCGAGGUCUACCGAGGCCGGUCCCUCUGCGCCCCGACGGUCAGCACCCCCCGCCCCGGCUCGCCCCCCGCUGCCCCCUCAGCCGCCCCGACGCCAGCAGCUUCGCCACCAGCCUCAGAGAACUGGAGAAGUGUGGCUGGUACUGGGGGCCGAUGAACUGGGAGGACGCAGAGAUGAAGCUGAAGGGGAAACCAGACGGAUCGUUCCUGGUCCGAGACAGUUCAGACCCUCGAUACAUCCUGAGUCUGAGCUUCAGGUCACAGGGAGUCACACACCACACACGCAUGGAGCACUACAGAGGAACCUUCAGUCUGUGGUGUCAUCCAAAGUUCGAGGACCGCUGUCACUCGGUGGUGGAGUUCAUAGAGAGAGCCAUCAUGCACUCCAAGAACGGGAAGUUCCUCUACUUCCUGCGCUCCAGAGUCCCCGGUCUGCCCCCGACCCCGGUCCAGCUGCUGUAUCCGGUCUCCAGGUUCAGCAGUGUUAAAUCUCUGCAGCAUCUCUGCCGCUUCUGCAUCAGACAGCUGGUCCGUAUAGACCACAUCCAGGAGCUGCCGCUGCCCACGCCUCUCAUCUCCUACCUGAGGAAGUUUUAUUACUACGACCCGGAGGAGGAGAUCAUCCCCCCACUGAAGGAGCGGGGGCCGGAGCAGAGCAGCCAGCCGGGGGUGGAGGCCCAAACGUAGCACUGGAGUCUGAGGACGAGUUUUUUCUUUUCUUUGUUUUCUCCUCGUGUUUUUCGGACACUCGAUCAGCUGACUGAAGAACGUUCAAACAUUCAAACUGCACUCACAGACUUGCAGCCAAUCGGCUCCCUCCGCUCAGUCCUGUAUCCGGGGCGAGUUUCAGAUGAUCCGCCCUCCUCCUCCGGGCUCCCUGAUUGGCUCAUGGGGUGUCAAUGCAGGGGAGGGGAGGGAUUGGGGAUGUGGAGACUCCGCCUCUUGUCUGAUGUCAUCACCGAGCAGCUCAACUGAAGGAAACGUCGCCGUUAGCAACGGCGCUUAAAAAUGUGUAAAAGAAAAAAAAAACAAAGAACCUGCAGACGCCUCCAGGAUCCAGGAGCAUUGUGGGAGUUCUACAGACAGCUGGAGGCCUUUGGCAGUACUGGUCCAUGAUGUCUGAAUCCAGGCUCUCAGCCGGUCCACACCUGAGUCCACCUGAGUCCACCUGAGUCAUGGUGACGCUCAGCUGUUAAACCGUCCAGUUGGAACAGGUGAAAUCAGCCUCUGUCGUGUCGUUGUCGUUUCCUCACUGAUUUUAGAAUGAAUGUGUAACGUCUGAAGAAUUAAUUACAUAUUCACACCGCGGCCAUUUUCCUCUGACGUCACGCUCAGAUCCUCUCACUGAAAGGAUGAUGUCAUACUGCUGACUCUGACAGAUUGUUUCUAUUGAUGCUUCAUGAUCGAUGAGCAACAGAAAAGAUGAUGGAGAAUGAGAAUCUGAAGAGACGUCGACUCAUAUCUCAAGAUAAAGCAUUAGCUACAGCUAACGUUAGCAUCAACCGCUUCUUAGCUAGCAUUACUGUUUGACAGAGCUGCAUGAUACAAGAGAAAUAAAUCGAUUCUGAACAUCAACACGGAUCUCAGACACGUUUAGUUCAGUCUGUAAGUGAAACACAUUGGAUGGAAUCAAGCUAGCAAUGUAGCAUUAGCUGCCCUGCUAUAUAAGUUAGCAGUGAUGCUCCCCUGUCAUCAAAUCAAAUCAAAUUUAUUUAUAAAGCACAUUUAAAACAACAGCUGUACAAUCAGUAACAUAAAAACAACACAGCAAGAACACAAACUGGUGAAAACAGACAGAAAUGACAAAUCUCACACUGAGUCAAAGGCCAAAGAAUAAAAAUGUGUUUUAAGACGUGAUUUAAAAACAGGCAGUGAGGGGGACAGUCUGACACGUAGAGGCAGCUGAAAAGGCCCGGUCUCCCCGGAGCUGUAGCCUGGCACACCUGAGAGUGCGUAGAGGUACAUGUGCCACUAAAACAUCCGACAGGUAAAAUGGAGCGAGCUCAUGUAAUGAUUUAUAAACGAAAGUUAAAAUUUUAAAAUCAAUCCUGAAACGUACAGGGAUCCAGUGAAGGGAGGCCGGCACGGUCCCUGUUAAAAGACGAGCUGCUGCAUGUUGGACCAACUGUAGUCGUGAGAGGGAAUUCUGGGUAACACCAACAUAAAGAGCAUUACCGUAGUCAAGGCGGGACGAAGUAAGAGCAUGGAUGACUCUUUCAAAGUCAUUAAAAGACAGACACCCAGAUUUCUAACAGUGGAUUUUAGGUAUGGACUUACAGAGCUCGGGUCUGUGUGGGGGCCAACACAGUCAUGUGACUGUAUCAUUGAUGCAGGUUGAUUAUGACACCAGACAACAUUAGUUCAUGUUUAACCAGUGGAUUCAUGUGUCAUCUGAAAUCUUAAGCAGCGCUAAUACUGACAUUUAUGUUAAUAGCAAAGGUCACGUUUGCUAGCCUAGCAUUAGCUUCAGUGCUUCCAGUGGGGGUCGGUCUUCACCUUCAACAUCUGGAAAAUGUAUCUGCUCAUUCAUCGACGUGCUCAAAAGAAGGUGAAGUGAAAAAACACAGGAUUUAUUCAGACAUUAAAGUUCCCACCCUCAGUGUGACGUCAGAGGAAAAUGGCUGCCGUGUGAAUAUGGUCUAUGAAGGUGGAGUGGGGAGAAUCCGGCUGUGACAUCAUCAUCAGAUGUUUUGAUUAAAGCUGAAACAGCUGAGGACAAACAGCUGAUUCUGGAUCCUGACUUAGAGACGUUCAAUGACUCUAAAACUCCGUCAUAUCAAACUCCACAGAGACGUUUUCCUCAGGAUGACCAUGGACACUAGCUGAAAGCUCUGACCAGCUUUUACAGUAGAUGUUCAUCUGGUUCAUUUCUCACCUGGAAAACAAACUGAAUGAGAAAACACGACGCAGCAGCAGGACCUGAGCUCAGGUGGACUCCUGAUGUCUCAUGAGACCAGACUGACAAACGUCUCCCAACUCAGUGUUGUGUUAAACCGUCUCACCACCUGGUCUGGACCUGGUCCGGAUCAGGUCUGGAUCUGGUCCGGAUCAGGUCUGGAUCAGGUCUGGAUCAGGUCUGGGCAUCUACACUUCCCUGAUACCUGGUGACCUGAUGAAGACAGUGAGACACAGUCAAAAGCUCCAGAAGUGAACGGACCUGGUGUUGAGACGGUUUCAAUGAGUGAAGACUGUUGGUUCUGAAGCUGCUGCUCCUCGCUGUCGCACUGUGGAUCGUUUAUCAGGUACUCCACAUGUUCUGCUGCUCCGAGGCCAGACUGAGGUUUUGGGGUGUGGGUGGUUACCUGGGUUACCUGGGUUACCUAGGUUACGUGGUCCGGCUCCAGCAGCCUCCUCCUCUGCUGGCUCUGAAUCUGAUCCACUGACCCGGAGUCAGUGGACCCUCAGAGAGAGGAGUGUCAUGUGACCGUGUCUCAUCACACCUCAGUGACCCGGGACCCUUUGUGUUGUGGUUAAGACGCUGGUACCAGGGCUGACCCCAAUGUUUGUUGCCUUGGUAACCAAUGUCCAAAUUUGUAUUUGAAUGCUUCGGGUUUUUGUUGUUGAUGUUUUUUUUUUGUUUGUUUUUUUUUUUAAAUUAAUAUAUUUGCAUCACCACAGAAAUCCCACAUUAUUUAUUACGCUGCAUUAAUUCUUAUUAUUAGUUAUUCUCAGACAAGGACGUUCAAUCUCAGUGAUGACUCUCAGCUAAUGAGACCAUGUGAUCAUGUGACCAUAUGACAACCACACUACACAGAUGUGGAUCUGUGAAGAUGAAAUCUGAACUGACCUCAGGAUUUUCACAGUAAAAGUGUUUUUAUUUGUUUGCCACCGUUUUCUAAAAAUAUCUGUUGGCUCGUCUUAAAAGUUUUUCUGAUGUCAGGACCUGAGAACCUGAGAACCUGAGAACCUGAGGACCUGAGAACCGGAGAACCGGAGAACCGGAGAACCAGGGUCUCCUGGAACGAACCGACCUCGGCUAAAGUCAAAGGUUUUUAACAAGCACUUUGUCUGAAGCAAACUGAGGCUACAUCCACACGAAACAAUCUCUGUCCACACUAACACGCCUAAAAACACUCACCUACACUGAGCAUGUGCAAGCUGGUGUAAACAGGAAGUAGAUUGUCUCCAGCAAAGACAGUUGUAGCAUUAAAACAGAGAAUGUAAGUGAACAACAGCUGCAAAGACAACAAGGUCAGUGACACUGUCAUUCACCAUCAUGUUGUAUUCACCACUGGUAGUCCAGGCUGAUGACAGCCAAUCAGGAGAGACCGUGGCUGUGACCUCAUCGUUUACAAAGGUCUCAGUUUCUGUUCAGACUACAACACAACCCCAGAGUUUUCAAAAUAAAACACAACACCAGAUAUUUCAAAAUAAAACAGAUCCUGCAGCAUUUCCAAAAGUCUGUUUUGGGGACUGAAAAGCUCUGGAGUAGUUUGGACCGGAGGAGGAGACGUAGUAGUUUGGACGUAGCCUCAGGUCUUCAACCUGAUGAGCUAUCAAUCAGUGACUAAAACAGUCUCAGGUCUCAGGUCGGGUUCGGGUUCUGGUCUUACGGAUGCAGGGAUCUGUCUUGAAUCUAAAAGAGCACAGACCUAAAAGACACAAUCCUGCACAUGUUCUUUUCUUUGUUUGUGUUUGUCCCUGGUUUAAAAUGAUGAAGAGCUGUCACUGACACAUGAUGAUGAUGAUGACGAUGAUGAUGGUUUGUAGCUAUUCUGACUCCAGAGCAAAACCAGGAUCCUGGAGGCGAGAGCUGCGGCACUGUUACCAAAAAACAAACAAUAAACUAAAAGAAGAAGAGGAGGAACGAGGAUUACCGUGACGACUACUGAACUACGUUACCUUGACGAUGUUUCACUGGAACGAGCCGGUGUUUGGACGGACUGGACUUUCAUUGAUCCAGACGCUGGUUCUGAGUGAGUUCUGUCCCAGCAGAGACUGGGAACACUGGGAACACUGGAGCUGGGACUCGAGAACCCUGUGGGGACACUUCCAUGAUGUCAUAAGUGAAGGGGGGGGGGGGGCACUGUACUGCACACUGAGGGCCUGAAGGAGAACUGCUGAACAGAUGAAAUGUUAUUUUUGGUGUGGAGGAACAGUGACGUUGUGAUCUGUCAUCUUUGGUGCAUUUUUGUGCAGUCACCUGUUAAUAAAACAGUGUGGGCGGGG